UUGUCAUUAUCAUUCAGAAUGGAAUAUUAUUGCAAAACAUAAUUCCAAGUAACGAUAUUAAUUUCGUAAUUGGUACGCAGGCAUCUCAGGGGAUCCCAGUUUUAACUAUAUGUAAUGAAUUAAUUUGGACUACAAAAAACCCAGCCCAAACAAUGGCUUUUAAACGUUGUUUUGAAGCUCGUCUCAUCGAACGUCCGUCAUGAGGCGACAUUCAAGGUCAGGGAGUCUCGGCAAUAUCGUCGAUUUAGAACCACAAAAUAUAAUCGAAAACGGAAAAGUUCAUUCGAGUCCAAAAAGAAAAGGAAAGUUUUCGACAGUAAAAGAAUAUUUGGUAGAUUAUACUGCUAAUUCAAACUUACAUGGCCUUAGAUAUAUUGGUGAAAAAGAACGAACCAUCGUCGAAAAAGUAUUCUGGCUUUUUAUGUUCAGUUCGAGCGUUAUUCUUUGCUCUGUGUUGAUUCGAAAGGUGUGGAUCAAAUGGAAUGAAAGCCCGGUCAUCGUUAGUUUUGCGGAAACAUCUACUCCAGUUUGGCAGAUACCUUACCCUGCAGUGACGGUAUGUAUCGAAACAAAAGCAAUGCAAACCAAGUUUAAUUUUACUGAGUAUUACCACCUUUACAAUAACGCCUCUACCUAUGGAAAUCUUACAGAUGAAGAACGCUUUUUAUUUGAGGACGUAAGCUUAGUUUGCGAUGAUCAUUUGGCUCCAGCGAAUGGCCGGAAAUUCUCCAUGGCCAAUGAGACAAUUGAUAAUUUAAGAGAGUUAGCUCCAAACAUAUCUGAAGUGUUCUUUGCAUGCAAAUGGAAGGAUAUUCCGAAAGAUAACUGCUCUGAUUUGUUCUCACCUAUUGUCACCGAAGAAGGAUUUUGUUACACCUUCAACAGUCUUGGCGCUGAAGAACUUUUUAGGGUUGAAAAUUUACAUACAGACUACAACUACCUAGAAUACGGAAACAGAAACGAGUCUUGGUCACUCGAGGGCGGCUAUCCUCCGAGCACUCCCUUGGAAACUUAUCCUCAUAGAGGCUCUGGAUAUGGCGCUAAAGCUGGAUUAACAUUUCUGCUAACAGCCAAACAAAUAGAUUUGGAUUAUCUAUGUAAAGGUCCGGUACAAGGAUUUAAGAUUCUUCUCCACAACCCAGCAGAGCUGCCACGCCUUUCCCAACAAUACUUUAGGUCUCCACUCUCGCAAGAAGUAGUCGUUGCUGUUAAACCUAAAAUGAUGACAACCUCUGAGGGUUUGAGACCUUAUGAUCCCCACAGACGGCAAUGCUAUUUUCCAAGCGAGCGCUACCUCAGAUACUUUAAAGUGUACACACAAGCCAAUUGUGAAAUGGAGUGCUUAACCAACUUUACCUUCGCGAGGUGCGGUUGUGUACAUUUCGGCAUGCCACAUGGUCCGGACAUGUCUGUCUGCAAUGCCGGCAGCGUGGCCUGCAUAAAGAACGCACAAAUGGAACUAGUAACGGUUGAAAUAAAAUCGGGAUUGGAACGCGACGAGAACACAAACGACACACUGGGCGACGCGCGUAAGGUCGCCGCUCGUUGCAAAUGUCUUCCCGCCUGCACCUCAAUAGAGUACGAAGCGGAAACAUCGCAAGCAGACUACGAUUGGAAAGCUAUUUACAGGGCGUAUCAUUUGCCGAUCGAUGAAGAAUCUAAUGACCUUCUCUAUGCUCGGGUCAUGAUAUUCUUCAAAGAAGCUCAAUUUAUAACGUCGCGGAGGUCAGAGCUCUACGGGCAAACAGAUUUUUUGGCAAACUGUGGUGGACUGUUGGGUCUUUUCAUGGGCUUCUCUAUAUUAAGCGUCGCUGAAAUAUUAUACUUCCUUUCAUUAAGGCUAUGCUGUGUUGUGUGGCGCAAGCAACAUUCCAAAAGGGAAAAAGUUGAAAGCAACGGAGUGAACCCUACACCAGCAAAAAUUAAAUAUCAAUACACGGAUUAAUUAAUUAUUAUUUAUGAUACGUCUCCAAAAUUGCACGAUAUUUUGACUUUUCAUUAAGAUAAAUAUGCAUGUUAAGAUAACAUUUUAUUCUAUUUCAUGUUUCGUAUUAACUAAUAAAAGGU